GCCAGUCUCCAGAGCAAGCAGCUGCUUUUUUCGUGACUCUCUGGUAGCAUGGGUUAUCCUCUCCUUCUGGGACAGCUGCUGUGGCAUAUGGCUUCUCUCCUGCCUGUUUCAGGGGACACAACUGAGAAAAUUCUAACAGCUGGGAAUGUUUCUGCAGUUGAAAACAGCAACAUCACCCUGCAGUGUUCUCUCUCUUUGACCAAUGCUAUUGUGUCGCAGGUGAACUGGAACAGGUGUAACAAGGUCAUGCUUGCAGUUUACCUAAGCAAAGAUAAAGCCAUGGUCCAGCCGGCAUUCACUGAGAAGGUAUCGCUGGCAGCAGAGUAUGGGAUAACAAUCCACUUAUUAGGAGUCAAUGACACUGGGGAUUACUGCUGUGAAUUUCACACCUUCCCUUAUGGGAUAUAUGAAGGGAGAAUGUUCCUGGAACUGACAGGAGCAUCAGAGGAGAUGAUCUUUUGGAAGAACCUUCCAUACAUAAUCAUCAGCCUGAUAUUGGGAGUUCUGCUCCUAGUGUGUUUCAUAGUCUGGAUCCUCAGGAGAAAGAAACAAACUCAGAAGAUCCAUGUGCCACCCCAUGUCCUGCAGAAGGCGCCCUCCAGCAGCAGCGGGAAGGAUGGCAGUUCACAAAACCCCACCACAGGCAGCUCAGCAGAGGCCAGCGUGGCAUCUGCCAGCAGCGUGGGAGCUCAGGAGGAAUCUGAUGAUGGUCACGACUAUUUCAACGUCCUGCGAUACAAAAGCCACAGCAGCAGUAGCACUGUGGUACAAAUGGGGUAG